AUGCUUCCACGAACUGCCUUCACUGGAGUAGUGAAGUAUGAGCGGAAAGGCACCUAUCCGAUCCGUUCCACUCAAAGUUUAAGCGCGAUGAUCGCUCAAGUUAACACUUUGUUUGUCAAACAAGGAACCACUCUAGACGCAAGGAUUAUCGGAAAUUUUAGCAUCCCACCAGCGAGUCUCUCCACCUUUGGAACAGUCUCAUUCGUUGUGUCCAUUUUCAUAUAUGAUCGAGUCUUUGUCAAGAUAAGCCAAAAAUUCACCGGAAAUCCAAGGGGCAUUACUUUGCUUCAACGGAUGGGAAUUGGUCUUAUCUGCUACAUCAUCGUCAUGACAGUCGCAUCUUUCACCGAAAGGUAUAGACUCAAAUUUGCUGCUGACCAUGGGCUCUUUCACUACACGGGCGUAAAAUUACCAUUGACAAUCUUUGUGCUGCUUCCUCAAUUCGUGCUUAUUGGUAUGGCUGAUGCUUUCUUAGUAGUUGCGAAACUCGAAUUUUUCUACGAUCAAGCUCCUGAAAGCAUGAAAAGUCUUGGCACAUCGUAUUGGUUAACAAGUCUAGGGAUCGGGAAUUUCUUAAGCAGUUUCUUGUUGUCCACGGUUUCUAAGAUAACAAUAAAACGUGGAAGAGGAUGGAUUUUGAAUAAUCUUAACGCGUCUAGGUUAGAUUAUUAUGAUUUGUUCUUUGCACUUCUUCAUUUUGUUAACUUUGUCUUCUUCUUGGUAGUGGUUAAGUUUUAUGUUUAUAGAGCUGAGGUUGCUCAUUCAGUGGAUGUGAAUGAAGAAGAGCCAAAACUGAUGGAGGAAAUGACAUUACAAGAGGAAGGAGAUGAUUACACAAAAGAUGGAACUGUUGAUCUUCGAGGCAAUCCUGUCCGAAGAUCCCAAAGAGGUCGUUGGAAAGCUUGUUCCUUCGUCAUUGUGUACGAGAUAUUUGAAAGAAUGGCUUAUUACGGGAUAUCGAGCAAUCUAGUGAUAUUCAUGACUACCAAAUUGCACGAAGGCACGGUCCAGUCGUCUAACAAUGUGACCAAUUGGGUUGGGACUAGUUGGCUCACUCCAAUAUUGGGUGCUUAUGUUGCCGACGCUCAUCUCGGUCGCUACAUUACUUUUGUCAUCUCUUCCGCUAUUUAUUUUUUGGGAAUGGCAUUGCUGACAUUAUCAGUAUCGCUACCGAAUCUUAGGCCACCGAAAUGUACAAAAACUAAUGUUAAAGACUGCGAAAAGGCUUCGGUUUUACAACUAACCGUUUUCUUUGGAGCACUAUACAUAUUAGCAAUUGGUACAGGAGGCACCAAACCAAACAUUUCUACAAUAGGAGCUGAUCAGUUUGAUGUCUUUGAUCCAAAAGAGAAGAUUCAUAAACAUUCAUUCUUCAAUUGGUGGAUGUUUAGUAUCUUCUUUGGUACUCUUUUUGCCACAACCGUUCUUGUUUAUGUUCAAGAUAAUAUAGGAUGGGCCUUAGGUUAUGGGCUUCCAACAUUGGGGCUUGCGAUUUCCAUUAUCAUAUUCUUGAUAGGUACUCCAUUUUACCGUCAUAAACACCCCACAGGAAGCCCAUUCACAAAGAUGGCUAGAGUCAUUGUGGCUUCGCUUCGUAAAGCUCAAGCGCCUAUAUCAUGUGAUCCCACAUGCUUCCAUGAGCUCCCGUUGUUGGAAUAUGAGAACAAGAGAACAUUCCCAAUCCACCCAACAAGAAGUCUAAGAUUCUUAGACAGAGCUUCACUCAAGACCGGACCAACCAAUAAAUGGAGUCUCUGCACUAUAACAGAAGUAGAAGAAACAAAACAAAUGUUAAGAAUGUUACCUGUUUUGUUCACAACGUUUGUCCCAAGCAUGAUGCUCGCUCAAGUCAUCACUUUAUUCGUCAAACAAGGAACCCUCCUCAACCGUCACAUCACUAGCAAUUUCAGCAUCCCACCCGCAAGUCUUGUAGGCUUCACUACAUUCUCCAUGCUCGUCACCAUAGUCAUAUACGACCAAAUCUUUGUCAAACUCGCACGGAAACUAACUGGAAACCCAAGAGGCAUCACACUGCUUCAACGUAUGGGAAUCGGUAUCAUCCUCCACAUCUUGAUCAUGAUCAUUGCAUCAGUAACAGAACGGUAUAGGCUCAAGUUCGCUGCUGACCACGGUCUAGUCCACCAGACCGCUGUACCGCUUCCCUUGACCAUUUUCGUGUUGCUUCCACAGUUUGUGCUAAUGGGUUUGGCUGAUACUUUCAUGGAAGUAGCAAAGCUUGAGUUCUUCUAUGAUCAAGCACCUGAGAGUAUGAAAAGCCUUGGGACAUCGUAUAUGACAACGAGUUUAGCAGCCGGGAACUUCAUGAGUAGCUUUUUGCUUUCGACGGUGGCACGAGUAACGAAGAAUCAGGGAAGAGGAUGGAUUCUAAACAACUUGAAUGAGUCUCGGUUGGAUCACUAUUACAUGCUCUUUGCGGCUAUAAACUUGGUUAACUUUAUCCUUUUCUUGAUGGUUGCCAAGUUUUAUGUGUACAGAGCCGAAAUCACUGAUUCAUCAAAUGUAAAACAGGAGACAAGGGUGCUAAAUAACGAGUAA